GCACAUUACAACACUGUAUGUUUUUUUUUGCACAAUAUUUGCUGGGGACUUGUAUUCUAAGCGUAAGCUCGAGUUUGUACAGGAUGAAAUGAAUGCACCGCACAUGUAACUUUCUACAGGCGACCCUACUGCACAACCGGGAGAGAAAACGACAUCAUCUUUGAGCGAUCUUACACGGUUUCGGGGGCUUUUCUAGCGAAGGGGAAAGGUUUAUUUCGCACAAACAGUUCGCCGGAGAUCUGCGCUUCACCACAGCAUUCGCCCUCCUCCCCCCUCGCUCGCUUUCUUGCUACCCCGUCUCUCUGUAGCUGCUUCGUCAGGGAAAGAGAUCCGAAUCAUCGUAAUGCCAGGAAUGAUGGAACCUCGGCUGUGCCUCACCUUCCUUUGGAUUUUUUUUCUGAUCUUCGCAGGUAUCCCAUUUGUGGGAGCCGAGGAGGACCAGUCUCAGAAUGACCUAGAAUGUAAAAUGAAGAGCGUUACCGUCUCUGCCCUGCCGUUUUUGAGAGAGAACGACCUGAGUAUCAUGCACAGCCCUUCCGCCUCCGAACCCAAGCUGCUCUUCUCUGUCAGGAAUGAUUUUCCUGGGGAAAUCGUGGUGGUGGACGACCUGGAAAACACAGAGCUGCCUUUUUUUGUGCUGGAAAUUUCCGGCAAUGCGGAGGACAUUCCCCUGGUGCGCUGGAGACAGCAGUGGCUUGAGAAUGGCACCCUGCUCUUUCAUAUUCAUCACCAGGACGGCAACCAGAAUCUGCCAGGGAUGGCGCCUACAGACUACUCUCCCAACGACUCAGCUGAAGAGGAAUUGCGCAUCCUACACAUUUCUGUCAUGGGAGGGAUGAUCGCACUGCUGUUGUCCAUCCUGUGCCUGGUCCUGAUCCUGUACACUCGGCGUCGCUGGUGCAAACGGCGGCGCGUCCCUCAGCCCCAGAAAAGCGCCAGCGCCGAGGCCGCCAACGAGAUCCACUACAUCCCCUCGGUGCUGAUGGGCGGGAGGGAGAGCCUUCGCAAUUCCCGCGGGCAGGGGCACAACUCCAGCGGGACCCUCAGCAUCCGCGAGACACCCAUCCUCGAUGGCUAUGAGUAUGACAUCACCGACCUGCGGCACCACCUGCAGCGCGAAUGCAUGAAUGGAGGGGAGGACUUUGCCAGUCAGGUCACCCGAACAUUGGACUCCCUGCAGGGCUGCAAUGACAAAUCUAGCAUGGACCUCACUCCUGGCAGUGACAACACAAAGUUGUCCCUAAUGAGCAAGUACAAGGAUAACAUCAUUGCCACCAGUCCUGUAGACACCAAUCACCAACAAACAACUCUCCUUCCUCACAACACCUCCAGUAAUCAGCGCAAACGCCUGUCUAACAAGACAAGAGGUUCUCCUCGAAGCCCCAUCAAUAAAACCACCCUCACUCUGAUCAGUGUCGUCAGCUGUGUGAUUGGCUUGGUCUAUUCCUCUCACCUCUCCUGUCCCCUCAAUGUCCGUGUCAUUCUCCACGUGCCUGAGCACCUGAUCGCAGAUGGGAGCAGGUUUAUUCUGCUUCAGGGGAGUCAGCUGGAUGCCAGUGACUGGCUGAACCCAGCUCAGGUUCUGCUCUUCUACCAGCAGAAUGCCAGUGGACCGUGGGUGACAGAACUUUGUGGGCGACGAUUACUAGACCCCUGUGAGCAUCAGUGUGACCCAGAAACAGGUGAAUGUGUCUGCUUUGAUGGCUACACAAAGGACCCUGUUCAUAAACAUCUUUGCACGCGGAAUGAAUGGGCUCCCAACCAAGGCCCUUGGCCUUACACAAUUUUCCAGCGUGGCUUCGACUUGGUAAUGGGAGAGCAGCCUUCGGAUCGCAUCUUCAGGUUCACCUACACCCUUGGCGAAGGUAUGUGGUUGCCCCUAAGCAAGAGUUUUGUCAUCCCACCAGCAGAACUUGCCAUAAACCCUUCAGCCAAGUGUAAAACCGACAUGACUGUCAUGGAGGAUGCUGUGGAUGUCAGGGAAGAGCUGAUGAUCUCUUCAGCUUUCGACAGUUUGGAGGUCCUGCUGGACUCCUUCGGGCCUGUAAGGGACUGCUCCAAAGACAACGGUGGCUGCAGCAGGAACUUUCGCUGCAUCUCUGACCGCAAGCUGGACUCCACUGGCUGUGUGUGCCCCCCUGGUCUGAGUCCAAUGAAGGAUGGCACAGGAUGCUAUGAUCACCACAUUGGAAUUGAUUGCUCAGAUGGCUUCAAUGGUGGCUGUGAACAACUUUGUCUUCAACAACUGACACCCCUGGAUGAGGAUCCAUCUAUGUACAAUAUCCUUAUGUUUUGUGGUUGUAUUGAAGAUUAUAAACGUGGACCAGAUGGACGUUCCUGCCAGCCCAUUUCCGAGGCCUGUACUGAAGGCCUGGACUGUGGUGAAGCAGCUGACAUCCCUGCCAACCAGACAGUGUUUGGGGAGCUCUUCUACGGCUACAAUAACCACACCAAGGAGAUCACAUCCGGGCAGAUUCUCAAGAUCACAUUCAGGCAGAAGAAUUUUGCCCGUGGCAUUGAGCAGCAGCUUCCAGAUGGUAUGGUGGUAGCUUCAGUCCCUGCAGAGGUCCAGUGCCAAGAGGAGCUAUCUGACCCUGUACCUGACCCUGAAUACCUCACAGGUAUGGUCAAUUACAGUGAAGUGUCAGGCUACCCCCUGGUUCAGCAGUGGAGGCUAAGAUCCAUUUUGUACCACGUAAAACUCAAUCAGUGGGCUCUCUCGCAAGCAUUCAGCUCUGCAGUGCACUCCCUGGAUGGUGCGACACUCAGAAGUGAUUUUGUGGCCAUUCUGAAGGAGUUUGGGAACCACUUCAUCCAAGAGGCUGUGUAUGGAUUUGAAGAAUCUUGUAAUAUCUGGUACCCAAAUAGACAAGCCCAGAGGCAACUGUGGGUGGAGUACCAGGACAUCAGCAAAGGCAAUUCUCCUUCAGAUGAAUCCGAAGAAAGGGAUAAAGAGCCCAAGAGCCUCACCUACCCAGCAUACAUCGCCAGUCUGCUUGACUCGGGGGCCAAGCGCAUGGCAGCCGGCGUGCGGAUGGACUGCAGAAGCCAGGGCCAGUGCCCCUCCUCCUGCCACCUGUGCCAGCUGAGUACUGGCCCUGCCCGCACCGUGGAACCCGUCCUCCUCCAGGUCACCAAGGCAGUGCCCCUGUAUGAGCUGGUCUCCAACAACGAAACAUACAAGUCUCUGCAAGAAGCUAUGAUGAGCAUGCUGUGGUGCUCAGGAAGUGGUGAUGUCAUUGACGACUGGUGCAGAUGUGAUUCAAGUGCCUUCGGAGAAGACGGAUUGCCUACCUGUGCCCCUCUUCCACAGCCCAUCUUAAAAUUAUCACAUACAUACGAGCCUAGCAGCUCAUUGGUUAUCAUGGAAUGGAAUCACACAGAACCACCAAUUGGGGUGCGAAUUGUGGACUACCUCAUCAGUCAGGAGAAGGUGACCGAAAGAACUGACCAUUCGAAGGUGGAAACAGAGACUAUGCUGAGUUUCGUGGAUGAUAUUCUGUCUGGGGCCAAGUCUCCAUGUGUGAUGCUGGGAGACAUUCCUGACCUUCUCACUUCUGCCAUCAGCAUGAUAGUCCGCUGCCUGGAGCCAGACAACACGUACAUGUUCAGGCUAUGGGCAGUGGAUAACACAGGCCGACGCUCCAGUCCCAGUGAAGUGACAAUAAAGACCCCCUGUCCAGCUGUAGAUGAUGUGAAAGCACAAGAGAUAGCUGACAAGAUCUAUAACCUGUUUAAUGGGUAUACUAGUGGCAAGGAACAGCAGACAGCUUACAAUACCUUGAUGGACCUGGGCACUCCUACCUUGCACCGUGUUCUCUACCACUAUAACCAGCGUUAUGAGAGCUUCGGCGAGUUCACCUGGCGCUGUGAAGAUGAGCUGGGACCCAGGAAAGCUGGUCUCAUUCUCUCUCAGUUAGAUGACCUAAGUGGCUGGUGUAGUGGCCUGUUGCAGGAGCCAAAAAUUGGCCUACGAAGAGCCUCUCUGAAGUACCUGGCCUGCCGUUACACUGAUACAAAGUCGUUUGGUUUGAACUGGGUUGACCUGGGGCGUGACAUCAGAAAGGCCUGUGAAGAGCAGGUGCUCCCUGUGCUAUAUAAUGACUAUGGGGAGUCCAAGGAACUGUGAAAGACAAGGAGCCUUUUUUUUUCAAAUGCCUAUAUGGACAAUGGAUCUACAAGCGUUGCUUCAGUCAAAGAUGCACAUUUUCAUAAAAGGAAUUUUCCCAGAAACAAGUAUAGUUAGAAAUCUCGAGUCUCUAAAUGCUUCUGAUUACAGCUUGUUUUUUUUUAUUUUAUGUCGUCAUAAAUCCAUCAAAUAAAUAUAUGUACUGUAUAUACAUUGCAUAAGUAAUGUCACCCUAAGUAAGUACCUGAGUCAUCCUGAAGGUUUUAUUAGUAUAUUGACUUUUACAAUGUGGUGUUUCAAAUAAGUUCUGAGUUUCCUGUACAGAAAAAAAUCACAGGAGUCAUUUUGUAACAGAUUUGCCUAACUAAUGCCACUGCAUUAUGCUUCUGCAUAGCCUGUGCUUACUGACUGAGGACUUAAAUCGAUCUUAAAUCCCAAAAAUGUAUGUAUAUAAUAUUGAAUUUACUAAAAUGUUGAAUGUAGCAGUUUAGAUUUUAAUGUUGUACAGCACCAUUUUUUAAAUGGAUACUGUGUUAAUCUUGGAAAGGUGAAACAAUAAUGUAAUAUGUCUUGAUCCGUGUUUUUAGUCUCAAGAAGUAAAUUUAUUUGCCAAAUUCAUUUCAAUUACAGGUUCCAGUGCUGCUUUUACAUACACUACUCUCAAUAUGAUAUAUACUGUAAUAUAAAAUAUUAUAAGAUUCUUAAAUACUUAAGCUGAGAAUUUCACAAACAAGAUUUUAAUUUUCAAACAAUAUAACAUAAUACAAUAAAUUAAUAAAACAUACAGAAAUGGGGAAAAGGAAACACGUCUGUUUAUGGUCACUUGUUUUGCACUAGCAGAAGGCAAUCUAGUCAUAUAUCUUUCCAUGAGUUCAAUUUCUGCAAAUCAAUACAACCAUGUGUAACUUCAGGGAAUCUCAUUCCCCACUCAGGCUUGUAAAAUAGAUUUUUUUGGAACACAGUUUGACCCUCAAACAAAGCAAGUGCACAUGAAAACUGAUAGAGAGAAGUCUCUUGGGAAUCAUCGUUAUGAAGGAGUAGUCAAGGACUCUCCUUCUGAAUAGGCACAGCAGUCACAUCUGAAAACACAGACUGAGAAACUGAAAACCUCUAAGAGUAUCUUGUACAGUAUUUGCAGCACAAGGCUCUCCCCAGUCUAGGUGAAUAAUAUAUGAAAAUAUUUGCUGGUAAUUGAAAGAACAGGAAGUGUUCUCUUAGGGUCUGCAUUAAAACAAAGCUGUGGUUCAACACAUUAUUUGGUCAUUUAUUUUAGAAUGUUUGAUUUUGAUUAAUCAAAGGAUUUGAAAAAUAGAUGGAUGGUUACCUUUCAUGGGUAGUUGAUAUUAUAAGCAAUUGCGAUUUAUGUAGUGCCAUUUUCCUCGGAACAGAAGCUGAAGCCAUCUUACAUUUUCUCGGCUUUUGUAAAGAUGCAUUCCCUCUCUGGUUAAGAACACAAUUCACUCUGUUUCACAUUUCUGGUUUUACUUAAUUCAUGCACCUUUUGAAUGAACUGUUUGGUUAACAUAGCCUGUAUAGGUCAGGUCCAACCAGUGGGGUGAUGACUGUCCAUUAGUUGUACAGUCUUUUUCUUUACAUCAUUAAUUCUUGUCUGGGUGAAUUCUGGAGGGUGCCUUAUGGGGGAAUGUAAAAGCAGCAUUGGGAUUUAACAGAUUCUGCAGAAUUUCUUCGGAGAUUUGGAACACGUGUUUUGAAAACACAGAAUCUCCUGUGUUUUUCCCGUGUGCAGGUUUUGAAAUGUAUUUCUUAGUUCUGUUGUAAUAUUAGAUUUUAUUUUAAAAAGUGAAUUGUAAAGAUUUGCAGUUCUUUACAAUGAACUGAGCAACAGACUUAGCGCUGAAGGAACCGUAAAUGCAUUAGAUCCUUUGCCACCCUGAAACAUUUGAUUUGAAGUAAACCUUAAAAUGAGGUCUGUAUUUUAUGGAAAACUUUUUAAAACUGCAUGCACAAUGUUUUGUAAAGUCUGGGUUAGCUGGAGUGUGCUACAGUAGAUGUAAAAUGGACGUAUUGUGCACCUUUUCACCUCUAUCUUUGGUUUUUAGAUGAAGAAUAAAGAAUAUAACCUUAAA